GGGAGAUAUAGUAAUUGGAGAGUUGAUUAGCCAAUUGAGAACAAAAUGCCUUCACUGCUAAACCUGUUUUGACGAUCUGGUGUGUGUCCGUAUCUAGAGUCAUUUUGACAAAAAUCUCUCCGGAGAGCAAGAGGAGCUCUGUCCACCGGGCAGCGAGGACUGACUCACUGUCGGACUAAUCUAGGAUACUGACAGCUCUAUUCUCUACACUGACUUUACCCAGCUAAGUGUUUUCAAGAUUACUUAAAGGGAUGAUCUGUGGUGCAGCAGUUGAACUAAGUUCACAAUGCAUUCGUAAGUUAUUAUUUAAAACGAUCAAUGGCUAUUUGAUUCAAAUGCUUGUACCAAUUGCAGAUUGACCCUUUUAAUUGUGACUGAUACAGUGGCACACACUGCAGCUAAUUACAGGGAGAGAAUUCAAAGACAAGUGCCAAGGGAGGGACAGGCUGAGCUGUUAUCUACCCUUAACACACUCCCUUCACACACAGCCUCCCCACAGCAUGACGACAUGGCACACAGAGGCAACCCUUUUCAUUCAUCUGAUAUUGCUUUUCCUCUGUACUGUAUUCUACAGUCAAUAUAGGGCUAUCAAAAAUAAUCUAUUCCACUCUCUCGCUCUCUCUCAUAUCACACCUGAGCGAGCAGCGUUGGGGGUGUCCACGCAUGCGCAUCACACUCCCUACGCACUCGCGCUCAACCGGUGUCGGGAGAAGCUCGUGCCAGUUCUACGGGUAGGUCCGUGGGAGAGGUCUGCUCUGUGUACACUGGCAAAGGAUCCGUUUCUUCUCCUGCUAUACCGAACUCCAUUCUCCUCGGUUUGACUAGGAAUAUAUCUGCGUGUGCAUGCUCCGUUUUUAACGCAGUUGGGAUGCAUGUGAUGAGCAGAAUCUCUCUAGCCAAUGAGAAAAGAGUUUCCAGGAAGUGGAUGCGGUUGAAGUUAUGUCUCUGCCCCCUGCCUCUACAAUUCCCGUCCCUGAUGGCAACAAGACAGGACCUCCUCUCCCUCCUCCUCCUCCUCCCCCCUGCGGACCUCCGCCCCCGCCCCCUCCACCCGGUGCGGUCGACCCCAUAGGAGGGAUGAAGAAGAGGCGGGUCCGGAGUUUCUUCUGGAAACCUAUACCUGAAGACCAGGUGAAAGGACGGACCAACCUGUGGACACAGCUUCCUGUACAGCAGCAGCAGUACUACAUAGACGUCCAGACCAUCGAGGAGCUGUUUAGUCAGACGGACUGUCAAUCAUCUGGGGUUACCUCUGUGACUAGGGGGGGGAAGGCCCGAGGCUCCCUCAGAGAGACCAAAGAUGAGAUCAGUAUCCUGGACUGGAAGAGAGGGAUGAAUGUGGGAAUUUACCUCAAACAGUUCAAGAAGUCCAACCAGGACAUAAUAGAGGACAUUCGCUAUGGCAACAGUCAGUCCUACGGGGCGGAGCUUCUUAAAGAGCUGCUCAAACUACUACCUGAGACUGAAGAGGUGAAGAAACUUAAUGCGUUCCGAGGCGACCCCUCUAAACUCUCAUUGGCCGAUUCCUUCAUGUUCCUGCUCACCCAAGUGCCCAGUUUUGAGGUGCGUAUCAAGGCCAUGGUACUUAGAGAAGUGUUCCCCCCAGCCUGUGAGAACAUGAGUCGCGACAUCGAUGUCCUACGAACCGCCACAAAAGGUGAGGUCCCCACCUGUCUCCUCUAAAGGUGAGGUCCCCACCUGUCUCCUCUAAAGGUGAGGUCCCCACCUGUCUCCUCUAAAGGUGAGGUCCCCACCUGUCUCCUCUAAAGGUGAGGUCCCCACCUGUCUCCUCUAAAGGUGAGGUCCCCACCAGUCUCCUCUAAAGGUCCCUAAACCCACCUGUCUCCUCUAAAGGUGAGGUUCCUAAAUCCACCUGUCUCCUGGGGCGGCAGGGUAGCCUAGUGGUUAGAGUGUUGGACUAGUAACCGGAAGGUUGCCAGUUCAAAUCCCCGAGCUGA